GACAGCACUUGAAUGCAACAUUAGCCUCCUGUGUUUACUAUAGCAUCUGAGCCGCUGUUAGCUGAUAGCGUUCAGGUGUUAGCUGUUAGCCAAACAGAAUAUUGUUCACCCUCUCAGCUAGAAGAGCGAACAUGAUCCAAGCGUCUGAAACCUUUAAUUUUCAAUGACAGCGUUAGCUCGGUGCCGCUAACAGCUGGGUUAGCAUCUUCUAGCUUGAACUAAGCACUGAGCCAGUCUUUGCUGUCUCUCAAGAUGGACAAGUUCGUGGUGAAGCUUCCCAGAGGAGGACCAGCUGCUAAAUCCAAAAGCAACGAGAAGGUUUACAAACAAACCACCAUCGAGUCUCUGAGGAGGGUUGUUGUGAUUGAGGACAUCAUGAGAUACAAAGCCAUGUUGGAGCUUCCUGAGCAGAGCAAAGACAACCUGCUGACGGCCCUGACCGAGCUGGGCAAGAAGAUCCCGUCCACUCAGGUGCUCCGGUCCACGAAAAUAGGUCACACUGUGAACAAAAUGCGAAAGCAUCUGGACCCUGAGGUGAGUUCAAUGGCAGCAAAGGUCUACACCGACUGGAGGACGUUCGUCCAGGAGAAUUCCAAUAAGCCGUCUAUUGAGGUGCGCUCCGACAAGCAUUCCGAAGGACUCCGGAGCAACGCCAGAAGACUAAUGUCUGAGGCCCUGGAGGUCAAGGAGGAUUCGGGUCUUAUAGACGUCAUGGAGAGAGAGGUGUUUCACCGGAGCUCCCGGUUGGUCAGCGGUUCAUACAGACGGACUGUUCGAGCGCUGGUGUUUGCCUUCAAGCACAACCCUGAGACCCGAGCUCAAGUGAAGGACAACACAUUAUCAGUUAACCAGGUGGUUUCCAAAUACAAGAAAUAGCUGAAGAAGAACAAGGCUUUGCCGCUGACUGCAUAUCAGAGACUUCUGGUUUUUUAUUUAAUUUUUCUUUAUUUUCUGCAAAGGAAAUACAAAAUAUUUGUACAUUGUGUGGCACAUACUCCUGAACUGUUGUUGAACUUUGCAUGAGUCAUUAUCAAGAAAAUACAUUUUAUUGUUGGUGAUGAUGAUAAUGUUGAAUCUAUCGUGAUCAUGUACGAUAGAUGCUUUGUUUUUAUACUGUUUUCGACCCUUUUUUAUAUAAAAUAUGAUUUUAAAUAUAACAGCUU